GUUGCUCUCGGGUACUUCCAUCAAGUCUCUCGUUCACUUGCUGUGGUUCUUCGACAUUUCUUGCUUUCUGCAUGCAUCACACGUAGCUUUGAAUUGCUAUAAUGACUAGCCGACUCAAACGAAAGCUCAACGACCUUGGAGUUGAUACUCAGAGCAGCAAGGCUACUGAGAAUUUCUGCCUUAUUGGUACAUCUUUACCCCCGCUUGAGAAAACCAAGGACACGAACGAGUUUGUUCCACUUUGGAAGCAGGAUGUCCGAGAUGAGAAAGGCAGAAGGAGGUUACACGGUGCUUUCACCGGUGGUUUCUCUGCAGGCUACUUCAACACAGUGGGAUCCAAAGAAGGAUGGACUCCCUCGACCUUCGUCUCCUCGCGUGCGGAGCGCGCGAAGCAACAGGCCGCAAGACCUGAGGACUUCAUGGAUGAGGAGGACUUGGCCGAACUGCGGGAAAGCAGGCAACUUGUGGAUGAGAAUGAGGAGAUGACAUUCGCUGAUACAGAAGCGGAACUUCGCAAGCGUCAGGGACUUGAAGCAGACCAGCAGGAGGACUCUAUUACUGCUGCAUUAGCUGACGCCCUCGCGCCACCUCCAACGGAGUCUGCAGGCGCGCGGAUUCUCAUGAAGAUGGGUUGGAGACCUGGUCAAGGUGUAGGUCCGCGACUAACUUACGAACAACGCAAAGCACAAGACCGUACACUCGGAUUUGCCUCAAACGAAGACGAUGCUGAACAUGAAGCCAAGAAACAUAUGUACGCUCGUCGGGAUACACCCGUGCUGACGGCUGCUAGAAAGGACAACGCUCAUGGGUUGGGCUAUACACCUGGAAUGAGCUUGAAUGAGAGUUUGGGCGUUGGCGGAAUGAAGGGACCUUCUGGUCCGAGGUUAGCUUUUGGCUUUGGACUUGGUGCGCUGAAUGAGGCGGAAGAAGAUGACCUGGACAUAUAUGAUGGCAGUAUGGGGCCAAGAGGUCAUAGUCGAGUUGCUUACGACGCAUUAGAAGAUGAUGACCGGAUAGACAUGGGCUCUUCGUCGAGACCUGGCAACCAGGGUCGAGCGGGACCGGUCAGUACAAUUUGUCAUCUUGGGAUUAAUGGACCCCCAUCUGACAUGUUCUUCGUCAAGAGAGCUUCCUCGAGUACCUCCACGCAGACGUUCGCUGAUGGUACACCCGUGUUGAAGGGUUUUGUAUUGUUUCCUGAACCAGUGGUCCUUCAGAAUGAUCAGUUCCCUUUCCCCGAGAUUCCCAAGGGGUGGAAACCAAACCCUCAUAGAGUCUGGGACGUAGACAAGAACAAGGAGAACAUCGAUGUCGCAAUGCGGGAGAAGGGGGCGCAACCGCCUAAGACUCGUGCAGAGUGGAAGGAGAGUCUGCUUUCGGCUGAUCAGCGUGGAUCGUUACUCGGCGAGACACCACUUCCGUCCCAACCUCGUUCAGUCUUCGACUAUCUAUCACAGAAGGAUAGAGAACGACUACAGAACGUCCGUGGCAAUAUCGCUUUGCCAGCUGACCAGAAGGUUUCAAUGCCUCCACCUCCACCGCCUUCGGAACCUCAACCACCUUAUAUCCCCGGACAAAUCCAUAUCCCACAUAUUCAUCCUUCAGUGGCCAAAGCCGCUUUACACGGUUUUCAGCCAUUCACCGCCGACCCAGUCAAACAAUCCCGCUACACUGCAUUCCUUCACUACGCUUCCCAAACCUCUGCCGAUUCUUCUCCAAGUUCAAUCGGUAUAGGGCCUAUGCCAGAUCAAACCAACGAUGAGUUCAACAAGGAACUGUCCGAUUACGCCAAGUCUGCUACGGUGUUCAAGCCGCUUUCUGGUGCUAUGGCAGGACGGUUCACUAGCUCUAAGAUUCUUGAGAUGGGUCCAAAUAUCGUUGAGGGGUUACAUACGCCUGAUGUCCGGACGACACCGGAGCCAGAUGAGAAUGGGCAAAUUGGGAAGGAAGGUGAAGAGAAGAGGGACGAAGACCCUCGGAGAGGUGCCGUCAGGAUGGGCAUGUAUGGGCCUUUGACGAGGGAAGUCAAACCCUGGCAACCUGCCCGGUUACUGUGCAAGAGAUUUGGCGUGAAGGAGCCGGAAAUCGAGAUGACAGAUGCCGACGCUGAUGCUCGGAAGGCUGGUGAGGUGGAUAAGUCUGGCACAACCACUUCUCCUCUCGCGCCUUUGAAGACUAUUACGGAAGGUCUGGAGAAUAAGCCAGAGUUGGCUGAAACGUCCUCUUCUGUUACAAGGAAUCUGGCGAACGUUGGAUUGGGCGAAGAUGAAACUCAAGGACGCGAUAUUCUCACGUAUGAGAGACCGUCUAUGGAUGUCUUCAAGGCUAUUUUUGCUAGUGACGAUGAAGAUAGUGAUGAAGAGGAUAAGGAGAACAAGCACAUGGAUGAGGAGGACCACAUUCCGUAUUUCUCCUCGUCAAUGCCUGACACUGCGGAGAUGUCGCAGACCGAGCCCACAACUACUCAACUCCCAGCCACUGCGAAAGUCACGGAGCCUGCUGCGACUACGGAGAAAGUGGACUUGGCGACAUUUAAACCUACGUUUGUACCCCGCGCAGAUCGUGAAGCUCGUAAAGACAAAUCUUCCGAUAAGAAGAAGGACAAGAAGAAAUCGAGCAAGCCUGCACUCGUGUCCUUCGAUGAUGAGGAAGGUGGUCUUCAAGUGAGUAUUGCAGCGUCCAGACGUAGAAAGCAUAAAGACGAGAAGGAUGGAGAGCGGAAGAAGAAGAAACGGAAGGAAAAGGAGAAAACGGCUGAGGAGGAAGAUGAGGGAAUGUGGGAAGAGGCACCGCCGCCUGAGGUUGUUAAGAAGAUGGACAUGGGAGGUGUUACUGCAACUCCACCUGUUCUGGAUGAGCAAAUGCCUGUUGAUGAUGCCGAGAAGCCAGCGGGACCACAGCGGGGACGAGCGAGAGCAGUUGACUUCAUGUAAAUGGUAUGUGCAUUCGACUUGUAUUGGCAAGUAUUAGUAUUCACGCCUUUCAUAUUCAGUCAAUUAUAGACCAAUCACGGUUGGCACUCAGCACCGCGGAAUGCACAUUUCAAACCUGCUACACAACCCUUAUACAUCUGCUUUAGGUUCCAGCUUCCUGAACUUGCCCUGCAUCCAAACUCGGUACAUCUUCAAUUGUCUUUUCCGAUUGACGAUCAACCGACGAUCAACCCCCAAUUGCUCCAUCGAAAACAAUGGGUGAGGCGAUUGAGUAUCCUUCUCUAGUAGUGGGUGUAGGAUGGGGUGGAUGGUCGAUUGGACGGUCUUCGACGUGGAAGUUCCAUUCGCUUUGGGAGGCGGAGUAGAGCUUGGUUGGGUUUCAGCAUUGAUGGUAAUAGGUGUGGAGGCCCUAGGGGAAGGUGUUUCGGACGCUUGAGGACUCUGUACACGAGUUGAGGGUUCGGUGUGAGGAGGCGUUUCGCUUUCGUCACCUUCCUCUUCGACCUUGACUUCCGAAGGCGCGUUCUUUACUGCUGUGGGUGCCAGCGAGCCGGUGAAGAGUAGCGCUAGUUCAUCUAUCGUCGACGAAUUGAAAUUGGAGGUUAGAUUCAGAAUGAGAGAAGAGUUGAACAGGUUUUGCUCGUCUGUACGGACCUAACUCGAAGAAAUACACUCUGGUCUUGUCACCUCGGAUGUAGAAGUUGUCUUCUAACAGUCGUCCACCUUUGAAUCUCAGCUGUGUGAGGUCAUACCGACCAUAAUCGCGGAAGAGAACUAAUCCUCCCGGUUUCAAUAUCUAUCAUGGCUUUCAGUCACAUCGACACUGAACGAUAAUCCGGAACGCACCCGAUGGAUGUUGACGAUAGCCUGAGACCACUCGCGUGGAUGUAGCGCGCUCAAAACAAAUACCAGAGUGACGAUGUCGAUGCUGUUCGGGGCGAGGUCGGGUGGCAAUGAGUCUGAAGAGAGAUCCCAUACCGCCGACUUGAUGGUGCCUACUGGCGGUUCUAGAUAUAGCGGAUUGCUCUUUUGCACGGGUCAGUAUAAAUAAAUCCUGUUCCUUUCAUAGACAAGGUAACGUACCUGGACAACU